AUGAAGUUCUGUGUCCGCAGCUUCGAAUUCAUAUUUGUCAAGACCAGAACUCGCUCAGCACGGCACACCUUCGCAGGUCUGUGUAGCCUUCUGCGGAGACGACCGUGCCCAACAUCUCAACAAGAGAUGAAGGAGCCUGAGGCCGAGUUGCCCAGUCCAAGGGAGGCACCUUCGGAAGCAGAGGCUGAGGUCACAGCCUGGCGAGUGCAGUGGGCCUCACUGAAGGAGGAGGCCGGCGAAUACGAGGAGGGCUGCUGUGAUGAGAGGUUUGUCUGCCAUGAUUCAGAACAAGCUCUAGAGAAUUGGGCCAACAGUCUCUGGGCCGGUCUCGCCGAUCUGCGGGCCAGCGUCAAGCGAUUGCAGACCCCGGAAAGUUCUGGGCCCUCCCAGGGUCAGACGGCGCAGGACGUCCAGCGAUCUUUCCAAAGCUUCAAGGCCGAGCAGAGCCAGGCCUUCGAGCGUCUCCUUGGCGAGCAGCAGCUCCUGGAGGAUGCGCUGGCCUCCCUGGAGAAGCGCUUCGACAGCUGGGUAGGUGUCUUGCUGAGCUUGUUGCGAUGGCCUUUGUUCUUGUCGUCAGGCAAUGCAUUCCUCGAGGACCCCGAGCUGCUGCAGCUGAAGACGGAGCUCCAGGAGCUAGAGGCGGUCGAGGUGCAGGAACCCUCUUAUGGCGGCUGGGCUGAGACGGACCACCAGGUCUUCGUUCGGAUCCUGCGAGUCUUUCGGAUGCAGGCAACUUCGCAGUGCUACGCUCGUUUGGCUUUUCAGUUUCCGGACUUGUCUGAGGCUGCUUUGGCAGAUCAUGUAAAAUGGUACAGUGAGCAUCAGGCGCGGCAGGCGAGACGACGCUUGCUCUUGGCACGAUGGCGGGAGCGGCGGUCCUUCUUAUCCUCGCAGAGCCAAGCCAACGAGAAACGCAACCAGGCACCUGUUCGAGAAAUGCGCGAACGGAGCCGUGACGAGCAGCGACGACGAGUCCGCGCCUGGCGAGAGGCACGGGAGGAGGAGGAGAGCCGCCUUGCAGCGAUGCAGCGGCAGGUCGAGCUGGAGCAGGCUCGAGAAGCGAGGAGGCGAGAGAAGCGCCACCAAAAGAAGCUGAAGGAGUUUGCUGAGGCUUACCGGAAGCAGAGGGACGAAGAGAAACGCCAGGCUGCGCAAUCGCUGUCUUCUCAAGCUUCGCAGCGCGCUUUGUCUGAGGAGGAUCGCCAGCGCAUUGUACAGCGAAACUUGGCCAUGCUGACGAAGAAGAUGCAGGCCAUGCCGCGGGGUGAUCCUCCGCAGUCGGUCCAAAGGAAUCCUGCCUACGAUCAUGUCAAGAGCAGGCUUCAUGAUCAGACGCGGAGCUUUGCACAGAAGAUUGCGCAGAAGGAAGACGAAGAGGAGGAGGCGCAGCAGUAA